AUGGGAACCAACAACAAUCCUCUUUGGAAGCAGCUUAUCGCUGAAAAGUAUGGCCUAGAACAGUCAGAAUGGCACACCAAGUACUCUAAGCAACCUUACGGAUAUAGCAUAUGGAAAGGCAUCAACAAGUACACAGAACUCUUUAAGUCCAACUGUAUCUUUAGGCUUGGCGAUGGAACUAGAAUUAGUUUUUGGAUCGACAUUUGGGUGGGAGAUCAACCCUUAUUUCAGCGUUUUCCUGCAGUUUAUGGAGUUUGCGCUACAAAAAAUCACACCAUCAGUCAAAUGUACAACGUCAAUGCCGAGAUAUGGGAAUUAGGCAUCACUAGGAGAGUCCAUGAUAAUGUAAUUUCUGAAAUAGCAACCUUGCUGCACCUUCUCGAGACCAAUGGAGUUACUCCGUCAAGCUCCGCAGACGUUAGACUAUGGAAAGAUGGUCAUCAAGCUGGCGAGUUCACUUUCAAGAAGUGUUAUCAAUGGUUGGUUACUAGAAACAUAGUUGAAGAGAAUCAAACUGAGUGCGUUCACCCAAAGAUAAUCUGGUCGAAAUUGUGGCCAGCUAAAGUCAGUUUCUUUCUUUGGCUUGCGACGAAAAAUAAAGUGCUAACUCAAGACAAAUUAAUCAAACGAAGAUGGAGAGACUGGGCAAACCACUGCUACCUAUGCAUUAACGAUGAAGAAACCUCACGGCACUUACUUCUCCACUGCUCGACUGCUAUUUACAUAUGGAAUUUCUUCAAGGUUGAAUUUCAUCUGAAUUGGGUUCUUCCUCAUUCAAUUCACACAGCUCUUAGUACAUGGCCUUGCUCCUCUAUUAGAUCGAGAAAGUCACUUGUCAUCAAGGCCCUUCCCGUUGCUAUUUUAUGGAACCUUUGGAAGGAACGGAACCGAAGAGCUUUCAAAAACAAGUCCUCGACAACAGCCAAGAUCAUCCAAUCUAUCAAGCAUAUCAUUGCAUACUGGUUGUAUCUGCAGCCUGAGUUUCAGAAAAUUUCUCUUAAGCAGUUCAUGAUCAAUUGGAAGACGGUGGUUUUCGAACCACCAUGA